AUGGAGGGGCUGGAAAGGGAUGUCAGGGAGAAGGGGUGGGCAGUGACCUUCUUUGGCUGGACAUCUGAGGACUCGGCCAAAUCUCAUAUCAUUUCCUACACUCUGAAGCUGGAGGAGCUGGCCGAGUGCACGGUGAGCGAGCUCUGGGGCUGGAGCUGCUGGGGCUGGAGGUCAGUUGUUGGAGCUGAAGGUGUCGCAGAGGUGGAGCCAGCCCCAGAGCGGGAGCUGCGGCUGAUGCUGAGAUGCUGCUGGCCCAGCCGAGGGUCUGGCCCAGGAGCAGUGCCCGCGCUGGGGCUGAAGCCGGCCCUGUCUCUGGUCGUAGUACUGGAACCGGCUCUCGACCUGACUCUAGUGCUGAGGCUGACUCUAGGUCUCUGGUAUUACUCCCAAAUUCGGUGCAAGAACCAACACCUGCAGAGGCUUCCAUUGUGGAGCAGGUCCCUGUGUUUGGGUGGAAGGGGCUUUGGUUCUGAGCUGGCCCCAGCUCUAGCUCAGUAG